GAUGUGAUGGAGCUCUUAGAGGAAGACCUCACCUGUCCCAUUUGUUGUGGCUUGUUUGAAGAUCCUCGGGUUUUACCUUGUUCUCACAACUUUUGCAAGAAGUGUUUGGAGGGGAUCCUAGAGGGAAAUGUCCGGAGUGUGGUCUGGAGACCACCCCCACUUUUCAAGUGUCCUACCUGCCGGAAGGAAACUCCUGUUAUAGGAAUCAACAAUUUACAAGUCAACUACUCCCUGAAAGGUAUUGUGGAGAAGUAUAACAAAAUAAAAGUAACUCCCAAAAUGCCCAUGUGUAAGGUGCACAAUGGGCAGCCCCUCAACAUUUUCUGCCGGACAGAUAUGCAGCUGAUAUGUGGUGUCUGUGCCACUCGAGGUGACCACACAAAGCAUGUAUUUUGCUCCAUUGAAGAUGCCUAUUCACAGGAGAAGCGUGCUUUUGAAACCCUGUUUCAGGGCUUUGAAACAUGGCGUUGUGGGGAUGCGCUCUCCCGGCUAGACACCUUGGAAACAAGCAAGAGGAAAGCGCUGCAGAUGCUGACAAAGGACUCAGACAAAGUGAAAGAGUUCUUUGAGAAGCUGCAGCACACACUGGAGCAGAAAAGAAAUGAGAUUCUGUCUGACUUUGAGACCAUGAAGCUUGCAGUGAUGCAGGCCUAUGACCCAGAAAUCAAUAAACUGAACACAAUUCUACAAGAGCAGCGAAUGGCUUUUAACAUUGCAGAAGCCUUUAAGGAUGUGUCUGAGCCCAUUAUAUUUCUGCAACAGAUGCAGGAGUUCAGGGAAAAAAUCAAAGUGAUCAAGGAAACCCCUCUGCCUUGUUCCAGUGUAGACAUCAAUCCCACAAUAAAGAACUUCGAUACCAGCCAGUGGGAUGGUAUAAAGCUAGUAGAUGUGGACAAGCUUUCUUUGCCUCAGGAAAACAGCAUGCUUAAUUUCAAGAUUUCCUCAGUCUUUUCACACAAAUUUAUAGUGACUUCUCUGAUUUGCGUAUUUAUCCUUGCAGCCACCAGAAUGACCUUUGUGGAAUCUGUCUUUGACAAUCUUCAGUACUGGAAAACUCAACUUUUUACAAUUGGCUCAUCCUAUCUGGCAGACACUGCAGAGAUAGCUGACCAUGCCGUGUUUUACUGGGAGCAAAUGACAGAUGGAGCUUCACUUCUAAGUGAAAAGUGCAAAAAUUAUACACUAGUGGUAUUGGAUAAUGUUGCACAAUUUGUGUGCAAAUAUAAACUGUUAUAAUGUCCACUACCAAAGCACAAAUUCAGAAGCCCAAGAAGUGAACAGAACUCUGGUGCAGAAAACUUAACAGUGCAUGCACAGUUUUAAAAAAACCUUUGGCUUCUGAUGGAAGCAUUUAAUACUCAGAAUGUUUACUGAGUUAUUGUUCGUGUAGUUCAAGCACGGAUAUAUGCUGGAAGGUAAAACCGACCUUUGGAAAAACAUACUUUUGCUUCUGAGAUCUUGUUUCAAAAUGUUUUUGGGAAUAAUGCACUUCCUUGCUCUAACCAAAAUAUAAGGCAAAACUAACCAUGUAUAUAGUCAAAUACUAAUAUAGCUGUAUUAAUGAUUUUACAUGUCCUAGAGUAAAAAGGGCUGAUCCCUAAAUACAUCAACAUUUUUUGUUGUGGGAGGUUCUUUGAAAUUAGGAAGGACACUUCUGAUUGCUAAGAGAGGUGGGCUGCAAAGUUUGCCUAAGACUGGCCAUCCAUUGCAAAAUACAGAGUGGUACUUUAACUCUUUGGAAUCUCUUCAUAACUGAAGAUGUUAAAUUUCACUGAUUCCUUAUCCUGGGUAUAUGCAAUACUAUAUAUACACUGGAUAUCGAUUACAAGG